AUGUCAGCCUCUCCGUCCAACCUGCAAUCGACCAAGCGUCCUCUCGAGGACCCUUCUUCUCCGUCGGGCCCCAACGACCAGCCGGAAGCCAAGCGCCCGGCCCUGGACAAAGUAGCGCGCAGUGACGCCGAGGCCGAGACCGAUGUCUCUAGCAACCAGAUUCCGCCCGUCGAUGGCUCUAAGGAUACCCAGGGUGACACCGUCGUCCCCGAUGCCCCCAACGGCAAGGGUCAGCCCGAACCUCAGCCCAUCCAAUCCACCGCAUCCCACGGCGAGCGGACCGGCUCCCAAUCCGAUCAACAGGCUACUCAGGACGAAUCGAGCUGGAUCCAUAUCCGUGCGGUAAUUUCGAGCCCCGAGGCCGCUACAGUUAUUGGAAAAGGAGGUGAGAAUGUGUCGCAGAUCCGUCAAAGGUCCGGUGCCAAGUGCACUGUCAGCGAUUAUUCCCGGGGUGCCGUGGAGCGGAUUUUGACCGUCAGCGGUGCCCAGGACGCAGUCGCCAAGGCAUUCGGUCUUAUCAUUCGUACCCUGAACAAUGAACCCAUCGACGCCCCUUCCACUGCCCAGUCCAAGACUUAUCCCCUGCGUUUGCUAAUCCCCCACAUUCUCAUUGGCUCGAUCAUUGGCAAGGGUGGUAGCCGCAUCCGUGAGAUCCAGGAAGCGUCUGGCGCUCGACUCAAUGCCUCCGAUACCUGCCUGCCUCUGUCGACUGAACGCUCAUUGGUCAUCCUUGGUGUUGCAGAUGCCGUCCAUAUCGCGACAUAUUAUGUUGCUGUGACUCUUGGCGAGCAGCUGACGGAGCGUUUCGGUGGUCCCGCAGCCUCGGCCUACGCCACGCGCAGCGGUGGUCCUGCCGGUGCUGUUCCUGGGGGUAUGCAGGUUGUCCCCUAUGUUCCCCAGCCAGCUGGGGGCCAGUAUGGUCACCCUGACACCUUCAAGCGUCACCACCCUCACCCCAACCGCGGCCAGCCGGGAUCUUACGGUGUCCCCUACCUUCAAGGCCAGGCUCAGCCUCCAGUUGCUCAGCCCGCCAUGCCUUAUGGCGCUGCCCCACACACUCCCUAUGCCGGCGCUGCUCCCCACCAGCCUACCCCUUAUGUGGGUGGCCCUCAGCCUACUCCUGGCCGCCCUGCUCCUCAGGCACAGCCUCCUGUGGGCGGUGCUAUGCCCGGCCAGCCACUGACCCAGCAGAUUUACAUUCCCAACGAUAUGGUUGGUGCAAUCAUCGGCAAGGGUGGUGCUAAGAUCAAUGAAAUACGCCACCUGUCUGGCAGCGUCAUCAAGAUCAACGAGCCGCAGGAGAACAGCAACGAGCGCCUAGUGACGAUCACCGGUACCCAGGAAUGCAACCAGAUGGCCCUCUACAUGCUUUACUCGCGACUUGAAAGCGAGAAGCACCGAGUUUAA